ACGUAACCAUCUCCCGUUUCAAAAAACGUAACCAAAAUUCGAUCAAAAUAAAUUUGGAAUAUCACAAAAAUCAUUAUUCGCAUUUGAAAUAUAAAGAAAAUGCACCUGCCUGGCCAGCCUCAGCUUAAGAGAGUGCAUUAAACACAGCAUUUGGAAACGGAAACGAAUGAAUUAGCCAAAAACGCAGUCAUGGAGGAGAAUAUGUGGAUCAUUGAGCUGGAAUCGGCGCUACUCGACGACUGCAAUGUGAACGAUAUCUAUGGAAUUUGUCAGGGCAAAGCUGUGCCGGAGGCUCUGCGGCCGGACGUGUGGCAGGUGUGCCUGGACGUGCGCCACAAAUCGGACCAGAUGUCGCUCUUCAACGAGAUCUACGACCUGCCCUUCCAGAGCCAACUGCGCGAGGAUUGCCAACGGCACGUCGACCGAAUGGGCAACGAUGAGGAGGAUAAGGUCUCUGUGGUGUCCGACCUGGAGUCCAUUAUCACGUUCUACUGCAAGAACCGAAAUCUUCAAUACGAGCCGGAGAACGGUUGGAUAGAGCUUUUGCUCCCACUCUUCGCUUUGAAACUGAACCGCUCGGAUACCUUCAACCUGUUCGAGUCCAUAAGGGAUACCUAUAUACCCAAGGGCUGCCGGCCCAAGGGCAACGUCUUCCAUGUUUUCCGGCUGCUCCUGCUCUACCACGAUCCCGAGCUGUGCACCCUGCUGGACACCAAGAAGAUCACGCCCGAUUUGUACUCGCUGACCUGGUUCCAGUCACUGUUCGCCUCCUGCAGCAGCCUGUCGGUGAUCAUUGCCAUGUGGGACCUGUACUUCCAAAACGCUGACCCAUUCAUGGUCUUCUUCCUCGCGCUGAUUAUCCUGAUCAACGGAAGGGAGCAGAUCCUGCAGAUGCGGAGCUCGUCCAAGGAGGAGAUCAUCAAGUUCCUGGCCCUAAUGCCGUGCGCCCUGGAAUUUGACGAUGUCCCCGACUUUUGCUCUUUGUCCCAGUACUAUGCGCUCAAGACACCCACUUCUUUCAAGACGGAUUACCUGAAGGCGCUGUACGGCAAACAAAACGAUACGCCGCGCAGCCAGGAGGAGGCGAACAAGGUGUCUCAGGCCCUGUGUUUGCCCGUCUCCGUUUAUGAGCUGGUGGAGAACUCUGCCACAGAAUUCCCCGUGCCGGAUGCAGUGCGUUUCUUUCUCGUCGACUGCCGACCGGCAGAGCAGUACAACGCCGGCCAUCUGUCCACGGCAUUCCACCUGGACUGCAACCUGAUGCUCCAGGAACCGGUCGCCUUCGCCACCGCCGUCCAGGGCUUGCUCACCGCCCAGCGGCAGGCCAUCGAGGCCAACUCGAAUGCCGGCGGCGAGCAUUUGUGCUUCAUGGGCAGCGGUCGUGUCGAAGAGGACCAAUAUACGCACAUGGUGGUGGCCUCAUUCCUGCAGAAGAACACCCACUACGUGUCGCUGCUGACCGGCGGCUACGCCUCCAUCCACGACUACUUUGGCGACCACAUGGCCGACUGUCUGGAGGAUCACAAUGUGCGCAAGUGCCUCGUCUGCCAGCAGCACAACGUCCAGCAGCAGACAAAAUCAGCGCCGCUAAAGGCCUCGACGCCCUCGUCCACGGACCUGUUCAGCAAGUUCUCCGCCGCCAUGAAGUCAAAGUCGGCGGAGGUCAAAGGCAAACUGCUGGACAUCAUUGUGAAUCCCAGUGCCAACGGCGGAGCCUCGGCCAGCGGCUCAAAUGGAGUGCAGGCGACACCGGCCCAGGAACGUCAUGUGAGUGCCAAGGAGAGAAACGGAAAGCGCUACCGCAAUGUGGCGCCUGUCUUCAGCAUUGACGACGAGAACGAAGAACCGUUCGACGGGGCGGGGGAGCGGGAUGAUCAACCGCUGGCCGGCGACGGCAAGGAAAUCGUGAAUCUGAAUCAGUACUUCAAGACGGCGGACAUCAUCAACGCUUUCAAGUGCCAGGAGGUGCACAUGAGCGGCUACAUGUACGACAGUCACUUGAUAAUCACGCCCGGCCAACUGGUGGUGCUAAGGGAGCUGGGACGUGGCCAGGCCCAGAUCAUGGUGCGCCGACCGCUGGCGAGCAUCGUGAAGAUCACGGCCAAGAAACGGCACCGCGACCUGAUCACCUUCAAAUACGGAUUCCCCGACGGAGACGGCCUGCUCAUCACGGACAUGGACCGCUUCCUCAUCCCGAAUGCCGCCGAGGCAACGGCCCUGGUCUCCAGUCACAUAAUGAAGGUGCUGGACAACGCCAAGUAGGAUAUAUUGAACAACCUCCACGUGCUUUUCUGGUUUCCCCCUUCACCACACUAAGCUUUAUUUCAUACACAAUCACAAAUGGACAGAAACUGAAUCGAAAAUCAGAGACACGAAGUGCAAUGCGCUGUUGAGAGCGCUGUAACUAGUUUGUAAUUGGCAAUGUUUUCCUUGUAGUAGCUGACAAAUUGUAGUUCUUAUUGUAAAAGAAGGCCUGGAUGCAAUUGUAACAUAGAGCACUCGGUGCACAGUCCGGAAAGGGAGAAAAUAGAGGAACGUAGUCCCGAUCACAUCGCCAGCAUGCCCUGCCCCUGGCCCCGAUUUUCUAAAUUUCUAAGUGCAAAGAAAGGAAACCCUAACUGAAGCCUUGAGACUUACAACGUGUAAAUGAAGAGAGUAACUAAUAUUUAUUGCAAUUAAACCAAACAAAUAAACCUGUAUUAUAAUCGACACAAUAAGUACAUAGUUCAAACAAU